CACGCGCCUGCUGCGCGCGCUGAGCUCGUUCCGGGAGGAGUCCCGCUUCUGCGACGCGCACCUGGUCCUCGACGGGGAGGAGAUCCCGGUGCAGAAGAACAUCCUGGCGGCCGCCAGCCCGUACAUCAGGAGUUCCAUUUUGCCUUGGAAAAGGCAGGCCUUUCUUCUGACUCUACAUUGAGAAGAGGGAAUAGAAAGUGAGGAGAAAUAUGGACCUACUUCUGUGACACGAAAUUUCUGUAGUAUUCAGCGCCAUUUGUGUGUGGCAGCAAAGAAGAACCGGAUCCUCCAGUUUUUAAUUAGAGAAGACUUGUGAGAAUACCCCUGAGAGGCUCUCCAGUGCUCCAGUGGUUAAGACUCUGAGCUUCCAACAUGGGUUGUGAGUUCGAUCCCUGGUCGGGAACUAAGAUCCCAAGAGCCAUGUGGUUCAGCCAAAAAGAAAAAAGAGUGCCCCCAAUCCAAAGGGGUUUCUUCUUGAGAUGGCCAUUUCCAUGGACUCUUAAGGUUACAGGAGGAGCCUCUUUUAAGGAGCACCUGAAAAAUCCUACCUGAGUAGAAAAUCUGGAACUGUUUGACAGGUUGAGGCAUGAAUGUCUUUCUUUUAUUUCUAGAAGGCCAGGGUGUGACCAGAACAAGGAAUCAGGCUUGUUUCAUCCUAGAAGAAUUUUCUGCUACUCAAGUUGCUGCGUCAUGGUUCUGUCUUUGAACUCGUCUUAAAAUUUUAACAUGCAUUUUCAAACUUUGUCUUUUAAAAGGACAAAGUUAAACUAUAAUCCUCCAAAAGAUGAUGGAUCAACCUAUAAGAUUGAACUUGAAGGGAUAUCGGUAAUGGUUAUGAGAGAGAUCCUGGAUUACAUCUUCAGUGGGCAGAUCCGGCUGAGCGAGGACACCAUCCAGGACGUGGUGCAGGCGGCCGACCUGCUGCUGCUGACGGACCUCAAGGCGCUGUGCUGCGCCUUCCUGGAGGGCUGCAUCGCCGCCGAGAACUGCAUCGGCAUCCGGGACUUCGCGCUGCACUACUGCCUGCACCACGUGCACUACCUGGCCACCGAGUACCUGGAGACCCACUUCCGGGACGUCAGCGGCUCCGAGGAGUUCCUCGAGCUGAGCCCCCAGAAGCUCAAGGAGGUGAUCUCCCUCGAGAAGCUGAACGUCGGCAACGAGAGAUACGUGUUCGAGGCGGUCAUCCGCUGGAUCGCGCACGACACAGAGUUAAGAAAGGUCCACAUGAAGGAUGUCAUGUCAGCGCUGUGGGUUUCAGGGUUGGACUCGAGCUACUUACGGGAGCAGAUGCUCAACGAGCCCUUGGUCCGCGAGAUCGUCAAGGAAUGCAGCAACAUCCCCCUCAGCCAGCCGCAGCAGGGGGAGGCCAUGCUGGCCAGCUUCAAGCCCCGCGGCUACUCGGAGUGCAUCGUGACCGUGGGUGGAGAGGAGAGAGUUUCGCGGAAGCCAACGGCAGCGAUGCGAUGUAUGUGCCCCCUUUACGACCCCAAUCGGCAGCUGUGGAUCGAACUGGCCCCUCUGAGCAUGCCGAGAAUCAACCACGGGGUCCUAUCAGCAGAAGGGUUUUUGUUUGUAUUUGGGGGCCAAGAUGAAAACAAGCAGACCCUGAGCUCAGGAGAAAAGUACGACCCAGAUACAAAUACGUGGACCGCACUGCCACCGAUGAACGAGGCAAGACAUAAUUUUGGAAUUGUGGAGAUAGAUGGCAUGCUAUACGUUUUAGGAGGAGAAGAUGGUGAAAAAGAGCUAAUUUCAAUGGAAUGUUAUGAUAUUUAUUCUAAAACCUGGACAAAGCAACCUGAUUUGACCAUGGUUAGAAAGAUUGGCUGCUAUGCAGCUAUGAAAAAGAAAAUCUAUGCCAUGGGUGGAGGGUCCUAUGGGAAACUCUUCGAGUCUGUGGAAUGCUAUGACCCCCGGACCCAGCAGUGGACCGCCAUCUGUCCCCUGAAAGAGAGAAGGUUUGGAGCAGUGGCCUGUGGAGUCGCCAUGGAACUGUAUGUAUUUGGGGGAGUCAGAAGUCGCGAGGACAUCCAGGGGGGCGAGAUGGUAACUUGCAAGUCGGAGUUCUACCACGAUGAGUUUAAAAGGUGGAUCUAUCUUAAUGACCAGAAUUUAUGCAUCCCGGCCAGUUCCUCUUUCGUGUAUGGAGCCGUCCCCAUAGGUGCCAGUAUCUACGUCAUCGGAGAUCUCGAUACGGGCACCAACUACGACUACGUGCGCGAGUUCAAAAGGAGCACGGGAACCUGGCACCACACCAAGCCCCUGCUGCCCUCCGACCUGCGCCGCACGGGGUGCGCAGCCCUGCGCAUCGCCAACUGCAAGCUGUUCCGCCUGCAGCUGCAGCAGGGCCUCUUCCGCAUCCGCGUGCACUCGCCGUGACGCGUGGCCGCGGGACGCGCCGCUCCUGACCUCGCGCCGGACGCCACGCUCCGCGAGGGGACAGACGGCGGGGCCCCUCGCCCCGCGCCGGCCUCCGUGCGGUAACGCGGGUGGUUUUCUAACGCUUCGAAGCCUGGGCUUCAGCUCUAGUUCCGGAGAACACGUAAACUGAAAAAAAAACUACCAAGGUGGGGAAUCCGUUUCUCCUGUAGGUGUGUCCCUAGACCAACCGGGGCUAGGCAGUGUCCGAGGAAAAGGGAAGUGGGAAUCGUGUAAAAUAUGGAAGUUAAAACCCUAAGGUGCAUUUUCCCGGAGGGGAUCUCAUGUGUGACUAACCGCUGUGUUCAAGUACCUGGCUUUGGUUGGGGGAAAAAAAAAAUCCGUAUAUGCAAAUCAACAUAUCCAAACAUACCAGGAUUGCUUUUCCACUGCACUUGGAAGGAGAUAUUAUGCCUAACUCUGCCCAACCAUUUAAGGGUUUGUGCCUAAAAAUGUUAGUUUGGACUCAAUGCCAGUUAGUCUCCACUUAACAGUGUACUAGUUCUCUACCCUAAGAAUCUUUUUUGAACUAAAUUAUGAUGAAUCGAAACUAAGAUAAAAUUUCUCUUGUAUGACAUUCUAUCUUAGUAAUCUAAAGGGUCAGUAAAUUAAGGAGUCAGGUGGCAGCCCUCCUGUGACUUUAAAGGAAGUUGUAGCUUCUGUGUUAAUUCAGAUGAAGAUGCGUCAUGCUGUCAUGUCUGGGGUUGAGAAGGACCUCCUGCAGUGCCAUUCUUCCUUUCCAACUAAGCAGAACCAUUUUAUAAAUCUGAGGACAUUAGUGAGUAGGAGAUUUUAUAAAAGAAGGACCCGAGUCGGACAAAUAAUAAAGGUCUGCUAUGACCAAAAAAAAAAAAAAAGAAGUCCAGAGAAAAUACAUAGGGAUCAAAAACUUAAAAAAAAAAAAUCUGCCUGAAAGCACACAAAGUCUUGUUUACUACUGUCUAGGGUUUGAAAAUGUCUUAGAACGCGAAUUCAUGUUAAGAAUCUAGCCUUUGUAGCAGAAUUUUCUCAAUGCCGUUCACUAGUACGAGUUUCUGACAAAUUACAUAGCAAGUAAAGUUUGGCUGGUAGAAUAAACUACCUCAACUUAAUUUCAUUCUGUUCAUAGUAGAGCAAAUUAAUCCUUUCCUCUCUCAUCUCCAUGUCAACCCACAUUGACCCCUCUUCCCAUGGGGGAAAAAAGUCUGUCUUUAGUGGCACUUAACCUUGUAAGAUACUUUGUUUUCCAUUUGGAUUAUGCCACUUUCAUGUGAAACCAGGGACUUCAAAGUGCUUGAUGACUUUAUCAUUUGAAAUUUAUGCAAUAUCAGAUUUCUAAUCAAUAUAGAGGUCUUUAUUUCUAAUUGUUUUCUACAGCUUUUUUUCCCCUCCCUCUUAGUAUAUGGCUAUAAGAAGCAGCAUUUAGUCUUAAAUAUUAACAAAUGUAUAAAUGUAUCCUUUGGUUAUAAAUUUGAGAAUAGGAAUUUCUUCUGGAAACUUCCUGCCUAGAAUGUUCAUAUGCUUUUCACAUGCAUAUGAAACAUCACUUGUGUUCUUCCACGCAGGGACAGUAGAAGGGGGACCUAUGUGCAUUUUUUUUUUCUUCUACUUGUUAGAAGUCAAUCCAAUGCUAGAAAAGGUCGCUGAGCAGCCUUGCCUGUGGGGAUUCUGAAGAAUGCUAUGUGUGCACAUUCGCUCUCCAUCCUGGCAGAAGACAUGGGUCACAGAGGCACGGGGUUUUUAUCUUCUCUGUCAGAGGCACUAGGCCAUUCACAUAGCAGAUCUUACCUGUACGUCGAAGCCAGCCUCUUUGCUUUGUACCAUGUACCACUCAACUGUUGUCUGCACGCUUUCCCCAGGAUGUCUUGGAUGUCUUUUAAUCAAGGCAAACUACAUGGCCACUGCAAAGAAAGAAAACUUUCUUUGUAAAACUAGAUGUUAAUUUUAUGGGAAAGAAACUGCCGAAAGAGUGGGUUUUCUUUGGUAAAAUGCCCCAUACAGAACAGAACCCAGAAGACACCACUGAGGUACAUUAAAGUGGUAACCGAUGUCCUGUUAAAGCCGUGACAGUCAGCAAUUCUCUUUUCUUUAAUUUCUGAAGUUUAAAGUUAUUUCCAGGCUACGCCAGGCCUCUCCAAGGAGACAGUUCAUUGUUCAGGAGUGAAUGAAUCCCUAUUGCAAUACUAUCAGUGCCUGCAUGACUUGGUCAAUUCAUUUUAUAAAAGUUUUUUUAUUAUUAUUAUUUAGUUCGUUGACACUGUAGCUGCAGAAGUUAGGUAAUGUUUUCUAAAAGUAAAUUUGCCACAUAAUAUGGGAUGCAAUAACCAACAAAAGCUGCUAAGUGCCAAACUGUUAUUUUGUUAUAUAUAAAUAUAAAAAUAUUACAUUGAA